AUGGCCUCCAACGAGACUGACGCUGACCACCAGUCAAGGCUGAACAUCAGCCUGGAGACUGGCUCCACGCCUUAUGAUGAGGUGAUUGCGUUUACUGAACGCAUUCUUAACAAAAACUUUGAAACUAUGUUCGAGAUGCAUAAAGCUGACAUGAAGGACAUCAUGUUCAAUGAUGAGGACGUUGGGCUUGUCAACAUUGAGAUUGACUCGCCCCGUCUCAUCAUCCCUGGUUCUAAGGAUCAGGCGUACGGCAAGGACGUGUACUACAUGUUGAGGUUUAAGUCAGGAUACGUCGAAACUGCCACGGGUAUACAACGCAAGAUGGACGGAUGGGAGCUGGCCAUCCCCACCGUCUUAAAUACCGAGGAGGUCAAGCCAGACAAGACCAUCUACAAGGAGAUUCAGAUUGAUGAGACGACCCAUAAAGCUGUCUCCGUGGCCGGUACUAUCUACAAAUUCCCAGGAGACUACAGCGUUGAGCGACUAUUUGCUCAGUUGACCACUGCCCAAUGGAGUACACCACAUCCUGACCUAUCUCUCAUUACGGAUGAGAAGGGAAAGCCUAUGAGCAUUACUCAAUAUUGCAACUCGCCUGGCGGCUCCAAGAUUUGGGUGCUCUUAUCUAUCGUACUAGGGCAAUGGGGCAACGAACAGCAUAUUGCUGGAAGGUCGACAUUAAAUGUGACAUUUAACUUGCCUGAAAAGCGAGUCAAUAUCCAGCAGCCGACAUACGCUCCUACCGAUCUAUAUCAACAAACGUAUCCCUACAAGUGUCCACAGAAGGGCAUCACAGAGCCUAAAACGUCGCGAACUGGUGAAGGAUUUAACGCACUGCUCUGGUGUGAGAUGGUGGCCGGCAAUGUGCCACCCACUACCAAGCAGCUCGAGUGGCGUGGCAACUAUGUCAUUCCGCGCCGAUCCUACAAGGGCGGUGAUGCGAUAGAGGGUACCUUUGCUCUCAGCUAUAAACACUUUCUCGAAGGCCAUCUACUGAAGCGCCUUCAACGCCUGAACCAGGCGAGCCAGGUGGCAAACCUGUGGGUUUCUCGAAGCUAUGACAACGAGAAACAGAUGUUUAUGACCAGUUGGAACUAUGAGGUGGGAAAUUACAACCUCAAUCACACCAGCGAAGCGUUUAAGUUCAAGCGUGUAGAGACGAACAAAGAUUAUGACGAUUCUGUUGUGACAUAUGAGUGGGAUUACAACGACAAGAUCUCAGAUAAAGACAGGAACCAUGCGUGGGCAGGCCAUGGCGGAGCUUGCAGCACAACAGACCACUACACUACCACCAAAGUUGUGCUGUCUUGGAAAAUUGGAUCUAGUGUCUUCGACGUGACGGGACACACAGACUACGUGUAUGACAAUACGAUAUUCCCAAACAACAACCGGGUGCUAGAUGAAAAAACCGGUCGUCUGAGAUACUUUUACGAAAUGGAUUGGAAAAUCGAGGUGGCUAUAACGGGUAUCAAGGAUGGAAGAAUGAGUCUUGAUGUCCGUACCCCACCUGGUGCUCAGCCCCAAGAAGUGGCCAACCUCCGGGUCAGACAAAAGCCAAACGAGCUCAUUGAGGAUCGCAUGUGGUGCCCCGAUGGCCAAGAACAGGAAAUUAGAGAUCAGUGGUUAAAGCGCAUGAGAAAUUGCAUGACCGACAUUGAGAGAGACAUCGAGCAAGAGUUCGAGAGUACGGCAAAGUUUGUAUACCCAGGAAAUGGCGACCUGAACUUCAGCAAUCCUGUCAUCAGUCGUUUUGGCAACGUCUUGGCAGUUGUGGAGCAUAAGCCGCUCGAUGGGAAAGCGUUGACGGAUGGAAAGUACAUCACAGUUCAUCCUGCUCUCAAAAUUCCCAGGGUCUCUCAGUCAAAGUACGAGCCCAUAGCGAACACUCCCAGCCAAGGCACACCGAAGCCUGUCGUCAAGUUGACAUGGACCAUAGAUCCUUGCGAGGCUGUGUCGGAAAAGAAGGGACCCAAGUUUGUUUUAAUGGGAAAGAACAACACCAACGACCCAGUCGGUCUUCAAUACAUCUGGAUCAGGUUUACCUCUGGAGUGGGUGGGCCGCAGCUUUUCAAACAAGAGGUUAUCAACCAAGUCAAAAGCCCUUACUAUGUUGAGCCAGUCAAGGCUGUCCCAAAGGUGCCCAAGGAAAAGUCCCGCCUUGGUAAAAUGUGGGAUAACUUGCCUGGGAGUGCGGAUGAUGAGGGGAAGAUGACCGAUACUUCUCAGCCCGGUGAUGGAAAGACCGAGGGAGCCAUCAAAACCCUCAUGACCGGUUCUCCAGCCCCACCAAGGUCCCCCAGAUCUGAUUCUGUGACUCCCACUGACUCAGGUGCUGAGCAUAUUGAAGGAUCUGGAACCAUCACGAUGACCUCCUCUUCGCCGUCAUCCAUGAACCUCAUGCCAAUAGAAGUCAGGUUCCAGAGUGAGGCAGAGGGAAAGCACUGGUGGCGAUUGACUAUCAAGCCCCAGAAGAAGGGUACUGGCUUUGCUGUGCAGCCGGGCGAAUCGAUCAUUGUGGAGAUGAUCGACAUGGACAUGGGGUUGGCCGACAGGUAUCCCAUCAUUAUACGAGAGAACUGGCUUAUGCUGCCUGAGUUGAAGAAGAUGACAUCCCCACCAAAUUCGGACGAUUUUGUCAUCAAUUUUCAGAUUUCUCCGUUCUGA